AUGGAUUUGAAUCCGCCAGGUCCUGCUAAGCGUCCCGCACACGGCAAUCAGCGGACACAGAGCGAGUGCGUUCGCUCGCUCUGUACGCCGGUUUGCUUUGGGGCUGCAAAGAACCCACGCUGGAUGCGAUGCCGAGGCCGAGCUCGAGGGCUGUACGGUGCGCAGGCAGGACCUUUCCCAGUUGAGAUUGGGUUUGACGGCCUUGUUGCUGGUCGGACGGAUGCGGGGAUGCGGGGACGCGGGGACGCGGUUGUCCCUGGUACAUUCGUUGUACCUUAUACCUUGUACCUUGCACCUUGCACCUUAGCACACACAGUCUUCUAUUGGGAGGGGCAGGAGUUGCCUUCUCUUCUCUCCCCCGUGGGUGUGACGGGGACUGACGGACUAACGGACGGACGGUACGAAGUGGAAAGAGUCAAAUCAUGGGGCGGUUUGACGGUGGCUGGGAACGUCAUGUCGUGGACCACCGAUCAGGCCAGCUUCCGAUAUGUGCAUCUCGGAUGGCAAGCAGAGGCGCGGUGCGUUGAUCUGAUAAUGUGCGGACGUGGGAGCACGAAGGACGGAGGAGGUAUGCAGGAGACUCGAUAG